AUGGACAACGAAGACCUCAUCAACGCCGAGCUUGAGGAGCUGGAGAUCGAGCAGCGCCAGUUGGAUCUGGAUCGCAAAAAGCUACAACUCCGCCUGAGGCUGGCUAGAUUGUACGGCCGGGUCGAAACCCCUGUGAAUGGCAGUCAGGCGAAAGUGAAAGCAGAGCCAGUUGAGGACACCAACGGAGUGGAAGGUCUAGGAGGAGAAUCGACAAAUGUCCCUGCCCCCAGUGACCGAAUUGUGAAGCGAGAAGCCAUGAAUCCGCCGCAUCUGGUUGAGCAGGGUCAGGCCACUGAUCAGUCAAGUCAGCUAGUGACCACACCUAAUCGCUCACCAAACGCACCGCACCCGAGUAGCAAGUUGAGAGAUUUCAGCAAGCUUCCCUGCUCAAAGCCAACGGUGUCAUCUUAUACAACUCCAGUGACAGAUCGGUUAAUCUCCCGAGGCAGCCCCAAAUCGACACCGGCCCGCUACUCGCAAGAAGACAGGUUUGGCCUUCGAACGAGCUCGCCGCACAAAAGAGUACGCAGUCCUGGAAGUGGGGAUGACGACUUCGUGCCAGCAAAGAAGUCGAACCCCCCGACAAAGCAAGUGAAGGAGUUGACAAAGAACAAAAAUACCAAGGGCAAAGGGAAUAAACGGUCGUCCAAGGUCGACUGUCUCCUGAGCACCAUGCCUCGGCCCCCAUUCGCAGAUACGGAGAGAGACUCGUUCAACGCCACAUGCAGCCCCUCCGCAGACACGAGCGGCAGGAAGCGAAAGAGGUAA